UGGAUUCGUAGUACGGGAAUUGUCAAAGAAAAAGAUAAACAAAUUAGGACAAUAAGGAAUAUUUUGCUGAUUCAAUCAAAAUGCAGCAAACAACCAUGAUAAAUAUCAUGAAAAUUCGAAGACAAUUUUGAUUUGGAUGUGCAGCGUCCGUGGCAAAGGGCUUUCCAUUGCCCGUUUCAUAUUUUAUUUAAUACCCGCGAAUCCAUCCAUCCAACCCGUGUUAAGUGUUAAGAAUGAAUUUGGAAAAAUGCGUUCUGCGAGUGAAAGUCUUGCGGUUGUUCAUGAUACUUGGUGCAUUUUCAACGGUGGCCGUGUUUUUGAUUUACUCGCUGCCAAAUGGUGAAAAGGAAUCGAUGACGAACAAUUUCAAUCGAGGUCUGUUCAGUGCAUGGUCCAAGUCAUCAAAUGUUCAAACGCGCGCCAAUCAAAAGACGGCAAUCAAUCAGUCGUUGAAAGUCUAUGGAAAGAAUCAUGUGAAAGGCAACAGUGAGGAUGUGUUACGCAAUAAAAUCAAGCGUCUCACAUCGAAUCGUUUGCAGAACGAUGAUUCAAUGAUUCUUGUCAAUGCAACAAAAAAGCUUCCAAAACACUCAGCUCCAAAUGUGCAUAUUUUUUACUCACUUCCCGUCGAAUGGAGCCAUAUGACGACAUCGUUUUGGCCACAACUCGGCACUUAUAUACCAGAUAACCUAACCUUACGCCAUCACUUUGAGAAUAUUCAAUUGAUCGGAGCAAACGUUCUGAUUAUCACUUGGUCACCGUUCACUCAAGAACAAUUACUAUGGCACUUGUUUGAUGAGGCACACAAUUUUGGCAUACAAAUCGCUAUCGAAAUUGAUAACUAUCCAAAUCGCACCGCUUCCACCAUUUUUAAUGACAUUCAUUACUUUUACAAAGAAUUUUGGGAACAUCGCAGCCUUUACAAGGUGUUUGUCACCUCGAAAAAUAUGUAUAUGCCGAUGAUUUAUAUGAAAAACAUCGAUUGCUUGCCGCCAAAUGAUUGGAAGAGUCUAAUAUCGCCAAGUGGAGUAAUUUCGCUGCGUAGUUCAUCGCAUGAUGCCGUUUUUGUCGGACAUAUCAGCACCCGGAAAGAUGUGUCCGUCAUCAAAGUGGCAAACUUCAAUGGGUUUUACAGUCGAAUGGUGAGCAAUGGUGCUACAUAUGCUAGCACAUGGAAGUAUUGGUCAGAAUUGAAAAAAUCGGCCGAUAAAUUCAAGUUGCUGUUCAUUCCAACGGUUGGCCCGGGCUAUGAUGAAUACAGCAAACAGCCAAAACUUGCCAGCACCCGACGACAUCGAACCAAUGGACAAUAUUAUGGUGUUGCUUGGCGAGCAGCAAUCGCCAUUGGUGCGGAAUUCAUCAACAUCGCCAGCUAUAACGAUUGGUUGAGUGGUACGCAGAUUGAAGAAGCAAUUCCCAGGAGUGGCUUUAAAGAUUAUAGUCCCGGCACACCGACCAAAUAUAUUGAUUUAACGCGAUACUGGAUCAAUGAAUACAUUAAAUCAUGGCCAACCGAUGCCAUGAAACGUUUAGUCAAUGUAAAAUUGUGCAGCAGCUACUUCAAUAACACUGUCUGCUGAAUUAGAAAACAAAAUCCAACGAAAUUUUCUUUUUCAAUGUGAUCUGACUAUUGUUAUUUAUAUUAGAAUACUAUCUUUACUCAUUUUCUUUACAUUUUUAGAGGGAACAAAUUUUUUUUAGGAAAAAAAUAAUAUUAUUCUAGCUCACGCUAUUGAUUCGUUUCGAACAAAUUAUUUCAUGAAAAUUAAUAAAUGAUAGAAUAUGUAGAAUCAAA